AUGUACUCGCCGGAAGAGGCCGCCGCGCUGGAGAAGCGCAACUACCGCAGCAUCAGGGAGAUGAUCCGCCUCUCCUACACGGUGGGCUUCAACCUGAUGCGGCCCCGCCGCUGGGACGGGGCCCUGAGAAUCUGGACCGUCGUGCUCAGCCUGAGCAGCCUGCUGUCCCUGUACGGCCACUGGCAGAUGUUCCGGCACUACCUCGAGGACAUGCCGCGGAUAGUCGAGACUGUCAGCACUGCCUUGCAGGUCCUCACGUCGGUCUUCAAGAUGUGGUACUUUCUGUUCGCCCACCGACGGAUCUACGAGCUGCUGCGGCAGGCCCGCUGCCACGAGCUGCUGCAGCGCUGCGAGCUCUUUGCCACCAUUGCGGAUCUGCCCGUGGCUCAGGUGCUCCGCCGGCGGGUGGCGGCCAUCAUGCAGCGCUACUGGGGCAGCACACGACGCCAGCUCCUGAUCUACCUGUACAGCGUGAUAGCCCUCACCUCCAACUACUUCUUCAAUUCCUUUGCCCGCAACCUGUACCGCUACGUGACCCAGCCGCCCGGCAGCUUCGAGAUCGUCCUUCCCCUGCCCGCCCUCUAUCCCGGCUGGGAGGACAAGGGCCUGGCCUUUCCCUACUACCACAUCCAAAUGUACAUCGAGUCCUGCGCCCUCUACAUCUGCGGCAUGUGCGCCGUCAGCUUCGAUGGCGUCUUCAUUGUCGUGUGCCUCCACGGCGUGGGUCUGAUGGAGUCGCUCAGCGAGAUGAUUGCCGGCGCCACGUCGCCGCUGGUGCCGCCCGAGCGUCGUGUGGAGUACCUCCGCGGCUGCAUCUACCAGUACCAGAGGGUGGCCAGCUUUGCAGAGGAGAUCAACGACUGCUUCCGGCACCUGACGCUCUCCCAAUUCCUGCUCAGCCUCUUCGGCUGGGGCCUGGCCCUGUUCCAGAUGAGUGUCGGCCUUGGCACCAGCAGCGGCAUCACCAUGAUCCGGAUGACCAUGUACCUCACGGCCUCCGGCUACCAGAUAGUCGUCUACUGCUACAAUGGCCAGCGAUUUGCGACAGCCAGCGAACAGAUUGCCGGGGCGUUCUACGGGUGCGAGUGGUACGCGGAGUGCCGCGAGUUCCGGCAGCUCAUUCGCAUGAUGCUGAUGCGGACGAACCGCUGCUUCAGGCUGGACGUGUCCUGGUUCCUGGCCAUGUCCCUGCCCACCCUGAUGUCGAUGGUUCGGACCAGCGGACAGUACUUUCUCCUCCUGCAGAAUGUCAGCGAGAAGUAG